GGGGCGUGUCCCUGCUCUGGGGUAUUUGAGGCUGGACAGCGGCGCCCCCAUCAGUCGCGCGUUAGGAGGCUCGGGCGUGUGUGUCGUGCCGUCUUCCCGCCCGCGUCAGGGACCUGCCCGACUCAGCGGCCGCCAUGGCAUCGGAUGAAGGCAAGUUGUUUGUGGGAGGACUGAGUUUCGAUACCAACGAGCAGUCACUGGAGCAGGUCUUCUCCAAGUACGGGCAGAUCUCAGAAGUGGUGGUCGUAAAAGACAGGGAGACACAGCGAUCACGGGGGUUUGGCUUUGUCACCUUUGAGAACAUCGAUGACGCCAAAGACGCCAUGAUGGCAAUGAAUGGAAAGUCUGUGGACGGGCGGCAGAUCCGAGUGGAUCAGGCUGGCAAGUCAUCUGACAACCGAUCCCGUGGAUAUCGAGGCGGCUCUGCCGGAGGACGGGGCUUCUUCCGCGGGAGUCGAGGCCGUGGUCGUGGCUUCUCUAGAGGGGGUGGAGACCGAGGCUACGGGGGUGGCCGCUUCGAGUCCCGAAGUGGGGCCUACGGGGGCUCCAGAGACUACUAUGCCAGCCGGAGUCAGGGCGGCAGCUAUGGUCACCGGAGCUCGGGUGGGUCCUACCGAGACAGCUACGACAGUUAUGCUACACACAACGAGUGACCCGUCCGCCAAUGCUGUCAUUUUCAGUGGGGAGCUCCGCCGGACGUUGCUGUGUAGUGCGCACCUGUGUUCCCACUUUUGUAGUGUCUGAGUUCUGUCAUCACAGCUGACUGCUUGACCCCCACGGCCUCGGUCCUAGACUUGCUUUUGAAGGAAGCGCUGUCCAUUUUUAAAGUUUUCAAAAGCACUGCAGACUUUUUUUUUUUUUUACCAUGAAACAUGGGUUUUUUUUUGUUUUUGUUUUUUUCCUAAUGUCGGGGGUUGUGUGGAUUUUUGAUUACUGGACUUUUGUUUUUCGAAUUCUUGGUUGUACUGCCUCUUUACUGUUCAGUGGGGUGGCCUGUGAAGCCGGGCGCCCUGCUCUUCUGAGAUGGGAAGGACUGUCCGGUGCGCCCAGUGUGGUAGGCCGCCGCUCCGCGGCGCCGGGCCCUGCGCCCGAGGAAGACGUUUAUUUAUAUGGCCUUUUUUACUGGAAGACAUGCACUCCAUCGAUGUUGUGUUUGCCGUGGUUGAGGAAUUCUUGUACGCAUUAAAAGACCGUGUGAAACGAA